UUUAUCUUUUCUCUCAAAGUAUAUUUUGUCGUAAAAGUUUUUCGUCCUACAUAAAAAAGAAAAUAAAAAUACCAAAAUUACAAAGCAAAUAAAAACAUAAUAAAACAAUUAAAAUAUAAAUCAUCUAAUAUAAAUAUCAUUUAAUUAAAAAAAAAAAAAAAAACUAUAAGAAAAAAACAUCAAGAAAAUGGGUAUCUUCGGACAAUCGACACCGUUCGAUGCUGACAUUGAAAAAGCAACAAGUGAAAAGAAUACAACCGAAGAUUGGACUCUAAUCUUAGAUGUAUGCGACAAAGUAACAUCGAAUCCAAGAAAUGCCAAAGAAUGUCUAAAGGCAAUUAUGAAACGCAUGGGUCAUCCUGAUCCACAUGUAGUCAUUCAAGCAGUAACUCUAUUAGAUGCUUGUUGUGGUAAUUGUGGCAAACCAUUCCAUUUGGAAGUUGCUUCCAGGGAAUUCGAGAAUGAAUUUAGACGAUUGUUAUCAAAAGCUCAGCCACAAGUUUCAUUGAAAAUGCGUCAACUCGUAAAAAAUUGGGCCGAAAACGAUUUCAAAUCAGAUCCUCAAUUAAAUCUUAUCCCAUCACUUUAUGCAAAAUUGAAAAGCGAAGGUUAUGACUUUUCUGAUGCAGCACAAAAAGCACCAAAAUCUGCUUCAACAAUUGCCGCUCUAAAAGAUCCAAAUGUUGUCAGCAGCCAACAAGAGGAAGAAGAUAUUGCCAAGGCUAUUGAACUUUCUCUUAAAGAAGCAAAGAAUAGUCCCAAGAAAACUACAACAACAACAACAACUGCUCCAACAACAUACCCAUCUUUGUAUCCAUCAUUCUCUGGUUCAUCUGGUUCUAUCGGAAGCAUAACCUCAGGAGCAUCUACAACUUCUCAACCCGAACCACGUAAAGUUCGGGCUCUCUAUGAUUUCGAAGCUGCCGAAGAGAACGAGUUAACAUUCGUCGCAGGAGAAAUUAUUCACGUUCUCGACGACAGCGAUCCAAAUUGGUGGAAAGGUUACAAUCAGCGUGGCGAAGGACUCUUCCCAUCCAACUUUGUAACAGCCGAUUUGAGUGUCGAACCCGAACGCCUUGAUAUUAAUGUAAAAUCCAAAAAGACAGUGCAAUUCGAAGAAGAAACGACCGCCAAGAGUGAAGAUCAAAAGACUGAGGAAACUAAUUUUGUCGUGGAAAUCGAUGAACAGAAAAUCGAUCGUUUGUUACAUUUGCUUCACGAAGCUAAUCCCGAAGAUUCAUCCGAAGACACCGAAGAAAUGCUGCGUCUCGAGCAAGAAGUCCAUCAAAUGGGUCCUUUGAUCGAUGCCGAAUUGGAGCGCGUUGAUCGGAAACACGCCCAAUUGACACAGCUAUCGAGUGAUUUAGUAGAUGCCAUUAAUUUGUAUCACACUUUGAUGCGUGAUGAUCGAGCGGCGGCAUUCCCUGGAGCAGGGCAAUACAGUAUGCCUCCAAUGGGAUACACUCCACAGCAAAUGUAUGGUCCUGGUCCAUAUCCUCCAUACAUGCCGGCCCAACAACAAAACUAUCAUCUUCCCCAACAAUAUCCCCCAAUGAGUAUGCCCUCAAUGCAACAGCAACAAGGUGCUCCAACAAGUGCUCCGGGACAUAUGCCUCCAGUAACGGCUGCAGGAGUAAAUCCAAUGUUAUACGGGCCUCAUAUGCAACACACUCCCCAAUCGUCUCCGCAACAGAUGAUACCGGUUCAGUUCCAAAACGGUCGAUUGAACUCUGCAAUGCAGAAUGGUCAAUCUCCACAGCAAAUGAACAACAAUAAUCCCCAAUCGAAUCCGCAACAACAACCCUUUACACCACCACAACAUCAACAACAACAGCAACAACAACAACAGCAACAACCACAACUUUCAACUCAGAACUUUUCCCAACAGCCAUUACCAACUCAACAACAACAGCCCCCACAAACAAUGGGACAACAACAUCCAAUGAUGCAGCCACCACAACAGCAACAUCUACAACACACUCUCCCCCCUAACGGGCAACAGCAACUCUCGAGUCCAGUGCCAGCACAAGUUCCCGGCCAAUAUCAUCCACAUCCUCAGCAAGCGUUUCUAAUGCGUCAAUAUCCAAUGGCGAAUGGUAGUGGAGGCUAUGCCGCCGUACCACCACCAGUGUCGACAGCCAUCAGCUCAGCUGCACCACCCCUCGACAUGAUGUGCAAUCAGCAGCAAGUGCCAGGCGGCCUAAUGACUUCGGCAAUGGCUCAACAAAUGGCAAUAAAUCAACCUGUGACACAAAAUUUCCUUGUCCAGAACGAGGCCAAGACAAACAUUCCUGUAUUCCAGCAGCAACGGUAAAACCGCCCUAAAAAAACUAAAAGCUGGGUAAACAUUAUUACGAUUAUAUAUACAUUUUAUUAUUAUUAUUAUUAUUUUUGUUUUGCCUUAACGGUAUAAAACUAUUCAAAAAAAUACACACAUUUAUAAGAAAUCAUUAAAAAAAAGAAGAAACUAUGUAACGCAGAUGUUUUUUUUUUUUUGUUGCAAAAUAUAUUGUAUUUACGAGUAUAAACGGUUUAAUAGGAAUGGAAACUUCAAAAAAGUUAUUAUGGAGAUAAAGAGAUUUAUUUAAAAAAAAAAGAAAUCCUUCUCCUGAAACGAGUCUAAUUUG